AUGAACACCACCAAAGAAGAAGCGAGUAUUUCUCCCUUCUCUCCCACCAUUUUCCUUCUAGAACUCCUUCGCCAAUUCGCUCCUCCCUCCUACACCGAAGAAUACAAACAGAUCGCCAUCGGCCGCGGCAAGCCCGACCCUUUCGCCGAUCCCCUCGGUCUCCUCGGCAUGGAGGGUCCCGUUCUCGUCUCCACGCUCCACGUGAUGGCCGAUCGGCUCUUCAAAGUCCAGCGAAACCUCCCUCUCUACCGCAAAUUCGGGCUCAUCCGCGAGCGCGGCGAUCUCCCGCACGGCCGUGCCGAGCUCUACUAUUUAGUGGAUGUGUUCUACAAUCGCUGCAUUCACUCGAUGUUCGUGCCGACGGAUCCGAUCCGCGCGUUGAUGAAGCCGUAUCUCGAUGAAUUGGGGAACGGCGUGCGGAUCGGAAUCCACAUUCGAAUGGGAAAUGGACACGCCGAUUGGAAGGAUUCGCGCGCGUUUAUGGACCAGAAGCAUGUGAAUCGGUUCCUGAACGAGCUGAAGCGGUUCGUGAAGAACGCGCUGUGGAGGACGAAGGGGAAAAUGGACGUGAAAUUGUUUGUGUCCACCGAUUCGUCCGAUGAGGAGGAGCUGAUGAGAAAGAAGUUCCCCGGAAUGGUCGUCACCACGUCGGGGUUCGAGAGAUCGCACGUGGGCGGGAUUUAUAAGACGAAAGUGACGGAGAACGCGGUGACGAAGGCGGUGCUGGAUGUGUUGCUGCUGGGAGAAUGUGAUUAUUUGUUUAUUACUCCUCGCAGCGGAUUUAGUAAGAUCGGACAGUAUUUUGCGGAUGAGGGUACGCCGUUUGUUUAUCUAUUGCGUGUUUGUUGCAUACACUUUUUUGUGGUGAUUUUGGUUGAUGGAGGACGAUAA